AUGUCAAAUUUUACAACAGUUAAACUAUAUAUUUAUGAUAUUUCAUACGGGCUAGCCAGUUCACUUGGUUCAACUUUACUCGGCAAACAAAUCGAUGGUGUUUGGCAUACAGGUGUUGGAGUAUAUGGCAGAGAAUAUUUAUUUGGCUCGAGUGGUGUUUCUUAUACAGCACCAGAAGAAAUUCAUCGACAAGGACUAGCACCAAAACCAAAAUCAGUUGAUCUUGGUCAAACGAAAAAGACUCUAGCUGAAAUUCACACAUGGGUUUUACAAAAGGGUACAACGAAUUUUCGUGGUCACCAAUAUGACUUGCUCGAUUGGAAUUGUAAUAAUUUCAGUGAUGAAUUUACAAAAUAUCUUCUUAAUAGUACAACAUCUCUUAUACCCGAAGAAAUUCUUGAAUUACCAAGAUUUGUAAAAACAACACCAUUAGGACGAAUGCUUUUAUCAUUUCUCAAUAAAGAUCCAAUAUCAGCAGCUCAACAAACAGGAAAUAAUAAUAAUUUUGUCGAUUCGCCCAUGCAUAUAAUACAAACUGAAACAGCGAGUAGUACAAAAUUUGAUAAUAUUCCUACGCGACAUUGUAUUUUACCCGUCAUGGAUAAAAUGAAACCGCGAGUCAAUCUUAUUGAACAGAAGUGUAAUCGAACAUUGACUCCAGCAGAAAAAGAGCAAUUGAAUGACAUACAUCAAUUAUUUCGACCUGAUGCCACAUAUUCACCGAUGCUAACUCGAGAACAUUUGACGCUUUUGAUUUCUCUUAUGGUUAAUUCAAUUGAAGAUGAAUCAACUCAAAUAAUGAUGUUAGAAAUUCUUCAGUUACUAUCGGAAUAUGAAUAUGUUAUUAAAAUUCUCAGUGAAAUUAAAGGACAAGAAUCCCCUAUGGGAUUAUUAAAAGGACUUAAUGAUCAACCCGAACAAAUACAAGUAGAAUUUUUACGUUGGUUUUCUUCCAUUGCUGCCACAUCAAAUGGGCGUACAAUGUUAAUUGAUUUGCAAGAUGAUAUUGCACCAGUUUUUACUGAAUCUAUUAAUAAUGACUCAUCCACGAAUAAAGUGAAAUAUGAAAUUAUCGUGGUUUUACAUAAUCUUCUAUGUAUCAAUACUGAUAUUCGACUUAGCUUUAUGAAUUCCAUUUCUAUUGGAUCAGCAAUGGUUCAAUAUAUGAGCACACCGGUUAACUCUAACGAAGCCGAUACAUUCCUAGCAGUUUUUAUUGCAUUGGCCGAUGCGGAAAAAGAUAUUUAUGGUAUUGCAAAAGCAAUGGAAUUCGAUCCAGAUUUUUAUUCAUCGAUUGUUGCUUGUCAGCCGUUAAUCAAAAAAAUUCAAGCCAAUUAUCAAGCUGUAUAA